GAGGGGGAGAGGAAAAGCCAUUUAUUUAUUCCUGAAAAGAAAGGAAGGUAGGAAAUUAAAAAGCUACUAUACAGCUAGAUAUACGUGUUUUAAAGAGAAGGAUGUUUUGGAAGACUUUGCUGCUGCUGCUGUUCUAUUACAGUGCUCAUGCCACUGUGACCCACAGAUGGAGCAGAGCUAUGCUUUUCCCAUCUGCUCAGCGAUUGAAGAGAUCCUCAGCUGCCUUCCUUAACCCAGUGCUACAAAACUCGCUGGAAGAUGUGGUCCUGCUUUAUGAGUUUCUUUUAGCUGAGCUUGACAUUGACAAAAGUCAGCGGAUCUCCAUCAAAGACGAGGAGCUAGCUUCACUGAGGAAGGCUGCUGAGUUUGACACCAUCUGCAAUGAGAUUAUUCCCAAGAGCAUCACAGAGAUCCGCAGGCUGAGUAGCAGGCUGUCUUCCUAUCCACGAGUCCUCAAGAAAGAAGACUUUGAAAGGACAGUGCUGACCAUGGUCUACACCGCCUACAGGGCUGCUCAGUCCCAGGGGCAUCAGAAAGACACUUGGGCUGAAUCCUUCGUCAAUCUUUACAAAGCCCUGAAGCAUGACUUGAUGUUCCCAUAUAACAAAGAGCCAUCAUAGUAGGAGACGACGCAAUGCCAAAUCAGUCAACUUUUCUGCUUGAUAAAG